AUGGGACAAGGCAACUCUUCACAAUCUCAAACUACGCUCGAGAAAAGCAUACUCGACAAGUUAGCAAAGGAGACACAUUAUGAUAAAAAAGAAAUCAAUCAAUUACAUACACAGUUUUUUUCAGAGGUUCCGAGUGGAUUUAUUCCGAAAGAGGAUUUUAGUCAAUUAACAGAGUUGAUGGGAAUUAAAGAUCAAUUUAUAACAUCCCUUGUAUUUAACGCAUUUGAUAGAGAUAGAGAUUCAAAAAUUUCUUUUGAUGAGUUUGUAUAUGCAAUGAGCGUCAUGACAAGAGGAACGGCUGAUGAAAAGUUAGAGUUUGCAUUCAAGCUCUAUGAUUUGAAUCAUGAUGGAUAUAUUUUGAAAAGUGAAAUGACACGAAUUGUCAGUGCACUCUACCAAAUGUUGGGAGAUUUAGUGACACUCCAAGGAGAUUUGGAUACACCUGUAAAAUUAGUUGACAAAAUAUUCAUGGAAAUGGAUACCAAUGGAGAUGGAAGAUUAACUUUAGAAGAAUACAAAGUUGGAGCAAAGAAAUGUCCAGAGAUUGUGAAUGGACUUGGGCUCUUCUUUUGA